CAUCUAUUGCCCACUCAGUGUCUCCAUUUGUUCUACUGUUGGACAUUGCGCCUAAUUCUGACUAUCUAAUAUUAUUCUGAAUAAGCUCUAGCUGUCGUUUCUAUGUGCUAGGUUUUGGUCUGCCUGCGGUUCCCUGUUCCUCCUUCCGUAUUUUGAAUCGCGCUGUGACCCUUUUCCAGGCUCUCCAUUCAUUCUAGCAUGAUUCCUAAGGCUUAUCGGGAAGCUCAAUAUUCGUCUGCCUACCCUAAGAACCUCACCUUGGAGAACGUCGUGCUAUCUCGUAAUAUGGGCUAUAAGGUGUCGUCAUCAACUACGACCCUUUGAGUUGUGAAAGAUUCUAGGAAUUUCUAUAUAAGCCACUCUAGCACCUCUCAUCCCUUAGAUUCUAGAGAGUCCACCAUCCUCAGCUAACAUAACCUCGACUCUUUUCUCGUGCCUAAUCCAUAGUCAGCCAUGGCCAGUCUUCGCCGUCUCGCGCUCUUCUUCGGAGCUAUUCUCCCUACCGUCUUCGCUGCCCCUACCCCUCAGCAACAGAAGCGAGAAAUCGUUCCCAACAAGUACAUCGUGACCCUCAAGCAGGGCAUUAGCUCCGACGACUUCAAGUCUCACUUGAACUGGGCUCGUGACGUACAUGCUCGCAGUCUGAGCAAGCGUGACACGACUGGUAUCUCGCACGAAUACCAGAUCAACACUUUCAACGCCUAUGCUGGCGAGUUUGACGAUGCGACUCUCGAGCAACUAAAGAACAGCCCUGAUGUUGCCGAGAUUGAGGAAGACCAGGUCUACUACCUCUUUGACGAGCAGCCUGAGGUUUCCAAGCGUGCGCUUACCACACAGUCCGGCGCCACUUGGGGUCUUGGUACCGUCUCCCACACAAGCUCCGGCUCUUCAUCGUACAUCUACGACAGCUCUGCCGGCCAAGGCACAUACGCCUAUAUCAUUGACACCGGUAUUCUUGCUACCCACCAGCAGUUCGGCGGCCGCGCUUCGCUAGGCUACAACGCCGUUGGUGGCUCCACUGCCGAUGCCGUCGGCCACGGUACCCACGUUGCUGGUACUAUCGGAGGUUCUACCUACGGUGUGGCCAAGCAAACCACUAUCAUCUCCGUCAAGGUAUUCCAGGGCACUAGCAGCACCACCGCCAUCAUCCUGGAUGGAUACAACUGGGCCGUUAACGAUAUUACCACCAAAGGCCGCCAGAGCGUCUCGGCUCUUAGCUUAUCACUAGGUGGCGGUUUCUCAUCUGCUUUCAACGCCGCCGUCGAGUCUGCUUAUAGCGCUGGUGUUCUCUCAGUAGUUGCCGCCGGUAACAGUGCCACCGACGCUGGCUCGACGUCACCAGCCUCCGCCCCCAACGCUCUCACGAUUGGUGCUAUCGACUCAAGCUGGAACAUCGCCUCAUACUCCAACUAUGGAUCAGUUGUGGAUGUGUUCGCACCUGGUACUGACGUUCUCUCGUCAUGGAUCGGCUCCAACUCUGCCACAAACACUAUCUCCGGUACUUCAAUGGCCACCCCUCAUGUUACGGGUCUUUCAUUGUACCUGAUUGCUCUUGAGGGCCUCACCACCCCUGCCGCUGUUACGAGCCGCAUCAAGGCUCUCUACACCACCGGCAAGCUCUCCGGUAUUCCUAGCGGCACUGUUAACGCCGUUCUGUAUAACGGCAACGGAGCUUAAAUGAUAUAUCGAUCGGCCUGACCUAGUAAUAGUAGGCGGAAAUAUAUAUUCAUGGACGUGCUUAGUCAUCUUACAUCCAGGGGGUGGUG